AUGCCGAUAUCAGUCGCCUUGCCAGGUGCCCGAGGCAGUGCCGCAUUAUGCGACGAGGACUGCAACGCAUCCAUAUUCCAAGACGUGGCAGACAACCAUACGGAAUGUCCACCAGAUGGUGGUUAUGGAUGGAUCUGCGUAGCAUGCUGUUUUGCUGUCAACUGCUUCACAUGGGGUGUUGUGUCCUCUUUUGGAGUGUUCCUAUCUUACUACCUUUCCAGUAACAUCUUCCUUGGAUCCCGACCAUUGGACUAUGCGUUGAUCGGCGGACUCAACUUUGGUGCUGCCAUGCUUACAGCACCUUAUGUGACAGUUGCUUGCCGGAAUUGGGGAUUGAGAGUCCCUAUGUACGCUGGUACUUUGUUCCUCGGAGGCGGCUUUAUUGCGGCGUCGUACGCAACUCACACGUGGCACCUAUAUCUCUCGCAGGGUGCUCUGGUGGGAAUAGGCGUAGGAUUCGUGUACAUCCCAACCAUACCGGUACUGUCGCAGUGGUUCGACAAGCGCAGGAGCCUCGCCCAUGGGAUCGCUACUGCGGGCUCUGGUAUCGGCGGGCUGAUCUUCUCGUUGGCCACUGGCGCCAUGAUCAAUAACUUAGGGCGUGGAUGGGCAUUGCGGAUCAUUGGCAUUAUCGUCUUGGUGACAAAUACCCUCUCGACCAGCUUCCUUCGUGACCGCAGUGCUAUUGUGCGGCCGCAACAGCAUCCGUUUGAUCUUGCUUUGCUGAUGCGCUGGGAUGUGUUCUUCCUGCUAGUGUGGGCCUUCAUCAGCAUGCUGGGUUACAUUACGUUGCUAUACUCGUUUUCGGACUUUGCGCGCUCGAUCGGUCUGUCCGCUGAACAAGCCACUCAAGUCACGGCGUUGCUGAACCUCGGAACGGCGCUUGGGCGGCCUUUCAUUGGCAUCGCGAGUGACCGGUAUGGGCGAUUCGAAGUUGCUAGUGGCCUGACCAUGUUAUGUGGUUUGUGCUGCCUAGCGAUCUGGAUCCCAACCUCUUCCUUUGGGGUGACGGUACUAUUCGGUAUGAUCAGCGGAGCAAUCCUAGGCGUUUUCUGGGUGGUGAGUGGCAAAAGGAAAGGUUCUCCUGAUCUGACGCUAAUGCAUCAGACCGUUGGACCAUUGUGUGUCGAGGUUACCGGCUUAAAACAACAGCCAUCGCUUCUGGCGCUGUCGUGGUUGUCGAUAGUUCUGCCGACGACGUGUAACAUGCAGCCAAUUCUCGCUUUCUAA